UCAAUCUUUUUCUUGAAAAAGAUUCAUUUUUCCCACUAAAUUAUUGGAAAUUGAUGGAACCCAUUAAACCAAGAAUCGAAAAUAGGUGAAGAAAGAACAAUAAUUCAAGAUUAUUCUCGAAUAACAGUCUAGAGAAAAAAAAAAAAACAGAAUGCAAUCCUCUGGAGGAUAGAGAAAAAUGAUAAAUUAAGAGAAUGUAGGCGCAUAAAUAUAUAUAAUGUAUGAUAUAUAAUGGUUGAAAAUAGUUGAAAAUGGUGAUUGUUAAGUAAACGGGUAGCCGUAGAGACGAGGAGAGAAAGAUAAGAAAGCGGUGCUCUUGAAGAAGGAAAGAAAAUUCGAAGAAGAAAAAGUAUGGAAAUCUGAAAAAGAAAUUGUAAAGAAAUUUUAACAAAAUUAGUCGAAUUUGUUUCUCUUUGUAGAUUCAUUCCUUGCUUCCUUCUUUAAUUUCACGGGAUCCCCAUUUUCUUCUUCUUCUUCUUCCAUGUCUUUCUCAGACCCCUUCUGUUUUUCUAUUUCUCUGUUUUCGUUCUCUCUUUGUCCCCCUUUCUCUAUAUUGUUCAUCCAAUAACAACAGCGAUAUAACCCAGAAAGGAGUUUCUGUUUCUUUUUAUGGUAAUUGGGUUUUGUUUUUUGGUUGUAAUUUGCGAAGCAAUGUCUCACACUGUGAAAUCGAUUCAAGAAAUGGGUUCUGAUUCUUUAACUGGGCGGUUUCGUGAUGGGUUUAGUUUGGGGGAUAAUAAGCCUGAUGUGAAAGAUCACGAUCUGAGUUCACCGGUUUCGCCAUUAAUGAUGACUCGGAGCUCGGUUACUGGUGACAAUGGCUAUGGGAUUGGUGGGCCUAACACUUCUAGUAGCAGUUCAAGCUCAUCUGGUUCUGUUACGGGAAAAACUAAUAAUACCCAAAUGGGUAAAAGAUUUGAGGGUAAAUCGAACAAUCAUUCAGGGGAGCUUUCAGUGUCGUCGGAGACGAGUCCUAGUGGCUCCGAUGGCCACCGAUCCGCCGCCGCAUUGCGGAAUUCGAGACCAGGUCACCGACGGUCGUUUUCGACCGGAUCGCCACUAAUCUACUCAGGUAAAACUCUUACAAGUACGAGCAAUGGAGUGAAUGGGAAUGGAAUCAACUCCGUCUCUUCGAACCCUAACAGCAACGUGUUUCCGAGCGGCAACAUUUGCCCUUCCGGCAAGGUUUUGAAGGCCAACAUUGCGCAUAGAACCCCUAAUCGAACUGAUACGUUGGGCUCCGGCACAGGGAAUUAUGGCCACGGCAGCAUUAUUCGUGGCGGUGGUGGCAGCGGAGGAGCCAAAUUGGGUAGUCCAGGAAAUCAUGCUGAAGGGAAUUUUGGGUCUGGGAAUUUGCAAUUUGGUAGUGAAACUUUGAUGGUUAAAAGGGCGAUGGCGAGCUCCGAUCCAGAGGAGGUUAAAAGGGCUGCGAAUGAAUUGUAUAGAAGAGGGAAUUUUGUAGAAGCUUUGUCGUUGUAUGAUCGUGCAAUUUCGUUGUUCCCGGAAAAUGCUGCUUAUCGGAGCAACCGGGCGGCGGCGUUGACUGCACUUGGUCGGCUGGGGGAGGCGGUGAGAGAGUGUGAGGAGGCUGUGAGGCUCGAUCUCGGUUAUGGGAGGGCGCACCAGCGGCUUGCUGCUCUUUAUCUUCGCUUUGGACAGGUAGAGAAAGCUCGGAGUCAUCUUCUUUUCUCCGGGCAGCCAGAUCAGUCUGAGUUGCAGAAGUUGAAGUUGCUCGAGAAGAUAUUGAAUCAGUGUGCAGAAGCUCGAAAAGCCGGUGACUGGAAGAGUGCUUUAAAGGAAUCUGAAGCAGCAAUAGCAGCUGGAGCAGAUUUCUCUCCGCAGCUUGUUGCAUGUAAAGCCGAAGCCCUUUUGAAGCUCCAUCAGCUUGAAGAUGCUGACUCCUGCCUAUCAAAUAUUCCUAAGUUGGAAACUCUGGCUUCAUGCUCACAAACCAAGUUCUUGGGUAUGCUUGCCGAAGCUUACGUGUUCUAUGUUCGUGCCAUGGUUGAGAUGGCAUUGGGAAGGUUUGAUAAUGCAGUUCUGGCGGCUGAGAGAGCUGGCAAGAUUGACUUCAAUAAUCUUGAAGUUGCAAACUUGUUAAGCACCGUGAAAAUGGUGGCAAGAGCACGUUCUCGAGGUUUUGAUCUUUUUAGCUCUGGAAGAUAUACAGAAGCCUGUACAGCUUAUGGAGAGGGCCUCAAGUAUGAUAGUUCAAAUCACGUUCUUUAUUGUAAUCGAGCGGUAUGUUGGGCGAAGAUUGGACUGUGGGAACAAUCUGUUGAGGACUGCAAUCAAGCCCUCAAAAUCCAACCGAACUACACGAAGGCCCUUCUUCGCAGAGCCACUUCAAAUGCAAAGCUUGAAAGAUGGGAAGAUGCUGUGAAAGAUCUAGAGUUUUUGAGGAGAGAACUUCCUGGAGACAAUGAGGUUGCUCAAUCUCUACAUCAAGCACAGGUUGCAUUGAAGAGAUCUCGUGGAGAGGUAGUUGAUCAUAGAACAGUAAGUGGUGAGGUAGAGGAAGUUUCUACUCUCGAUAAACUGAAGGCUGCGAUUUCAUCAACCGGUGUUUCAGUGGUUCAUUUCAAAGUUUCAAACAACAUAUGUGACGAAACAUCUGCAUUUGUGAAUAUGCUAUGCAUACGCUACCCUUCUGUUAAGUUUAUAAAGGUGGAUGUGGAGGAGAGUGUGGCCUUAGCGAAGGCUGAAGGCAUAAAAACCGUUUCAGCAUUCAAGAUUUACAAGAAUGGAGAGAAGUUGAUUGAAAUGAUCCGUCCUAGCCACCAUUUUUUGGAGGACUCAGUGAGAAGUUGUAUUCUUCAACAAACACUCCCAGCAUUAUCUCAUGGUUCAAACCUCUACAACAUUUGAAUGGUAACUCUUUAUCAUACAAAAGAAGCUAGUAAUUUUACCUGUAACAUAAUCAACUACAUAAUUGUUUCCUAGAAUUCUAGGCAGAGGAACCCUCGGAGACUAAAAGUUUCUUACUUCACAUUUGCGGAAAUUUAUUUCUUCCAUUUGUAAUAUUCAAGCAUAUUCUUCCUUUAUUUGAAUCCCAUUUAUUUUUGGCCUAUA